AUGUUAAACGUUCUUAAGACAUUAAGAGAGGAAUGUCCCUUGAAGGUCUAUGCUGAAAUUUCUUUGAAUAAUUCUCGAAUUCGUAUCGGAAAAUUUUUAUUCGAUGAAAUAUUUGGUAUUGAUAUUAUUGAGAAUACUGAAACAGACGAAGAAAGGCUAAGAAACUGCACGUGUGAAUGCGGUUUAUCUAAUCAAGAGAAUCGAAUAGUGGGGGGACGUCCUACAUUACCGAAUAGAUAUCCCUGGAUUGCGAGGCUAGUGUAUGAUGGUCGUUUCCAUUGUGGUGCUAGUCUGCUCAACAACGAUUAUGUAAUUACCGCUGCUCAUUGUGUACGGAAUUUAAAACGAUCGAAAAUUCGAGUAGUACUUGGCGAUUACGAUCAAUACGUAAAUACUGAUGGAACUCCUGUUAUGAGAGCAGUGAGUGCUGUAGUACGUCAUAGAAAUUUUGAUAUGAAUUCCUACAAUCACGAUGUAGCUUUAUUAAAAUUACGCAAGUCUGUGAAAUUUUCGAAAAAGAUUCGACCAAUCUGUUUACCUCAACCAGGGACCGAUCCUGCUGGAAAAGAAGGGACGGUAGUAGGAUGGGGUCGUACUUCGGAAGGAGGCAUGCUGCCUGGAAAGGUGCAGGAGGUGCAAGUCCCUAUAUAUAGCUUGACGCAAUGUCGAAAAAUGAAAUAUCGAGCAAAUCGAAUUACUGAAAAUAUGAUAUGCGCCGGCCGAAAUAACCAGGAUUCUUGUCAAGGAGACAGUGGUGGUCCUCUUCUUGUUCAAGAAGCCGAUAAGCUUGAAAUAGCAGGUAUAGUGUCUUGGGGUGUGGGAUGUGGUAGACCAGGUUAUCCCGGAGUUUAUACAAGAGUAACCCGAUAUCUCAAAUGGAUCCAUGCAAACAUGAAGGAAGGCUGUCUGUGUGUCACCUGAGGAUCUGCUUUCACCUCCGACUUGUACAUAAAAUUUCACAUGCAAUGAUUGUAAUUAAUCACUGCAAUAAGUACGUUUUAUAUUAUUAUUCUUAAAUAACUUAUUUGGCGGAACUGAGUACAAUUUUUUAUUAAAUACUGACUUAUCAAAUAUAGUUCCU